GUGGCAGGUCCUGAGGGUAGAUCCCAGGAACCCCCUGACCCAUUAAUGCUGUCGGCAAGGACAGCACGUGGGAGGGGCGCCCAGAGACGUGGGCCAGUCACCAAGCGAGCCGCUGUGAGGCCUUAGUAGGGGGCCCAGCGCGAUGACCCCCACUUCUGAGUCUACCAGUCGUGAGCCCGCCCCCCGGGCAGUGGGCGCAGGGACCGUGCGCAGCACCGACUGACAGAGGGGCACGCUCGCUCCGCGCUGUGCCUGCUCCCCGGAGGGUCGAGAGGCGCUGCAGUUCCCCGGGGGCGCCGCUAGGGGCGCAGCGACGGCAGCUUCGAGAACCUGGACGCCCCGGGGCCGAGUCCGGCCCGGCCCGCGUAACCCCCGCGCCCGCAGAACCCCGGUCGGGCCCGUCGUAGCCCCACGCGGAGCUCCGUCCUGAGCCCCAACGCCGGCUCCGCCCGGCGCCCCCGGCCGGCCCACAGCCCCUGCAGCCAGCGGUCAGCGCCAGCGUUCCCUGGCCUCCUCGGCCACGCCUGCGCAACACAGUGCCCAGGACACAGGCGGAGGCCCCCUGGUGUCAGAGCGUGCAGGACCGGUGGGGCGAGGGGCCUGUUUGGUGGGCUUCACGAAAGUAACCGGUGCAGGGAGAGCAGCGGAGGGCCACGUUGCCUCCUCUCCCCCUGGCAUGAGCAGGGCAGGGCUGGGGCUGGGGGAAGGAAGCUGUGGGAACGGUGGGGGGAGCAUGGGUGGAGGCAGGACGCGCCAACCCCUUCUCAGGGCAGCUUGGAGGGACCCACCUGCCCCGUGCCUCCAGCCUCCUCGCCCUGCUCGCGUCCAUGCCCUCAGCUUGCACCUGCUGCCACUCCCGCCCCCUUGGGGACACCAGUCUGGGAGCCUGCCUCCACGCAUCUUCGCCCACUCUCUCCCCCACAGUAGUGAUAGCUCCUAGCUAGCCUCCCAACCAGUGCGAUCUUUGCGAAAUAAUAACCAGACUACGUAUCUUUGCUCAGUGCCUCUGGCAGGCUCCAUUUCCCCGGCUUGGUUUCCCACUCCAGAAGUGACUGUUUUUAUUAUCCACACCCCCAGCAUCCAGACCCCUGUGCCUGUGCCUCUAGGCCAUCCAGACUCCAUUCUAGAAGCAUACCCCUGUGUUCCUGCCUCCUAGCCUUUGCUGUUCCUUCUUCAUCUGCUCCCCACUUGCUAGGAUCCUUCUAGAAGGCUUUCCUGGGGCUCUGCCCUAGAGGCUCUCCCUGCCCUCACACUGCAGGGCCCCUGGGUGGGUCUGUGUGUGCCAGCGCAGACUGGGUCCCUCUUCCCCCUUGCAGGUCUCACCCCAUCCCAGGUCAAAGAGCUCCUCAAAGUCGGUGGCAACAGCACACCCAUCUUGUUGCCUUUCCCGAAUGCUGAACUGAGCUGGAUGGGAUGAAUGGAUGUCCAAUUGCACUGCCUCUGCGAGCUGCACAGCCUCAGGGGAUGAGGGCUGUUCGCCUCCUGCAGAGCUGGGACUGCCAGUCUUAGAAGAAUCACUAUAUCGGCAUAAACUGUGGGGCCAGGCUGGCAGGUGAAACACUGCAGGCGCAGUUAUACAUCUGGGGACCCGGACCCCUGCCCUCUCCUGGAGAAGUAGGGGCCCGUAGCAAAGGCUCCUCUGCCCAAGGGAAAGCAGUGAGGUGGCUUGAAAGCAAGGCAGCAGGGGGCUGUCCCUUCAGGAGAGGAGCCCCAGGCAGGCUGCCUGUAGGCGGGUGACUGCUUGAGGAGGCCCUCACUCCUUCCCACUCCUGGCCACCGGCACCUUUUCAUGCAUUCCUCCUGACUGGGAAUCUGGCUUGCCCUGGCACACCCUUCUGUGCCACAGUGUCCCAGGUCUAGCUGGUCACAUCCAGAAAAGCCUGUUCCCAAGGAGGAAAAACUCCCAUGUACUCAGGUCUCUACUGUGGGAGCAGCUUCAGGGCACCCCUGCUUGUGCCAGGGUCUCCGUCACAUGUCCAUUGCCUCGUUUUCAUAGAGGGCUGGGCACCCAGGGGGUGGGGGCUAGUAUCGCCUGUGUUUUAUAAAGUAGGAAGGUGAGGUUCAGAGAGACUGGAUACCUGCCGCAGUUGCGGGCUAGGAGGGGGUAGAGCUGGGCUUGAAUCAGCCUCUGAGCUGAAAGGCCCUUCCUCUCAGCUUUGCCCACACCAGCCAUGGGCUCCUCCCUUCACAUUCCCUUCAGGGUGAGCUGGGAACAGCAGGCUCUGGGUGUGGGUGGGGUGGGUGGCUGGACUGUCUCAGGGGCCCCUCCUCAGGAGGAAACCACAUUCUCUCUGUGCUCCAGCAAAUCCAGCAUCGAAGUGGGAAAACCCCACCCAAAUCAGGGACAGCUGGGCCUGCCUUCAGCUGGAGCUGCCCCCCUGCCUAGCAACGCUUGCAGGCUCCGAAUCCCGGCAGGCUGCAGGAGUGGGUCUGGGGGGCUAGGGUGAGGCUGGAGGGGAGGGAGUUCCUGGAAGCCCACAUGUGUGAACUCUCUCCCCGUUGUCCCCCAUGGAGGGAGGGACUGCACAGUGUUAUUAAUCAUUUUCCAGAGUUGGGCACUGCUUGCACAUCCCACCCUGCUGCCUGUGGGGGCCCCGGCUGGGCAUGCCCACCCUGGGGAGGGGACAGGCUGGAAAAGAGGUGGAUGGGGGCAUGGGGAGGGCCCCCCGGCACUCCCCCACCAGAGUUGGUCAGUCACUCAGCAAGCAUUCAUGAGUACUCAGCAUGUUAGGUAUGCAGCUGUAGAGGGGAUUAAUACUGUCCUGUCCUCUGCCCUUGCAGAGAUCAUGGGUAGGUUCAUUGGAGGGGGCAGAUGAGGAUCAAAAUCAUCCACAAAGAAAUAAUCACAGUCUGUGAAGGGGACAGGGACAUAGCUGGGCAGCUGGGUCACGGAUUUGUGAGGUCAGGGGUGUGAGAAGGCUGAGUCUUCCUUCUACCAUGAACUUGCUUCCCAGGCCUCCUUCCCUAGACUUGCCCUCUCUGCCCCCUGUUCUUCCAUCCUUGUCAUCUCCCCCAGGGACAGUGCUUACUUGGUCUAGCCGCCUGAGCAAUGCAGCCCACCUCCUCUCCCAAAUUCUCCUCCUGGCCAGCUGCCACAAGGAACGUGACUACCCACACAUCUGAUGGCUGGCCUAGGGGGGAUGGAAGAGAGACCGACCUCUGCCUGGCCAUCCUGCCCAGGCAGGAGCUCUGGGAGGAGCCACUUCAUCAGUGUCGGAGUGGGUCACUGACAUCCCAGGGCAGCACCAGGUGGACUAGCUGCACAGACUGACGGUGUGACACGGUAGAAGGGAUCAGGGGACUGAGGUCUGAAUGUCACUGGGCCCAGGGGAAAGAGGCCUGUCCCUUGGACUCUGAGUGGUGAUCAUACUUGGUCAGCCCUCUCCAGCCGCCUGGGCCGACCCCGGUCAACGACACGUAGACUGUCGGCAGGGCGCGCCCCAUUGCCCCGGAGCCCCUUUGCGCACUAGGUUCGGGUCCACUAGCCUCCUUGGCCCACUUGCUUGGCCAGCGCACCCGCCGCGCCACCCUCGUCCGGGAACGGGGGGAUCCGCUGUCACUGGCUCGGGAACCGACCCUGCCAAAGCAGCGCGUAAGGGUGAAGACGCUGGAGCCCAGCGGGAUGCAUCCCGGGCUCCGAGGCAGUAGGGCUCGUGGGAGCCCGCGUGUUCCAGGCGCGGCAGGGGGCGGGGCGUCUAGCCCGGCCCCCGCCUCGCGCCCGCUCCCGCUCCCGGGCGGCCCGGAGGUGGCGCGCAGAGAAGCCCGGCGCCCGCGGGCUGAACGCGGAGCGGGCCGGGAUGCACGCCCUCCUGCAGCCCCCGUUCCCGAGCCUGGGCGCGGUGAGGCCCCACGGCAGGUAGCGGAGGCCUGGGCUGGGGUUCGCGCUGCGGUCGCCGCGUGCGCCGCGGCUGCUCGCCGCGCUGGUGCUUGGUGCCUACUGCCUCUGCGCCCUCCCGGGCCGUUGCCCGCCGGUCGCCCGCGUCCCCGUGGCGGCCCCCGCGCCCGCCAAGCUGGCCCGAGCCGCCCGCAGCCCAGGGGCGCCCCUGCUGACGGUGGCCAGCAGCCCCGGCCGCCGGCGCUUAUCGUGGGCGUGAAGAAGGGCGGCACGCGCGCUCUGCUGCUGUUCCUGCGGCUGCACCCCGAUGUCGCGCGCUCGGUUCCGAGCCCCACUUCUUCGACAGGUGCUACGAGCGCGGCCUCGCCUGGUACCGGAACGUCAUCCAUGCCAGUGACUCUGUGGAGGGGGCCAAGAGGGAGAUCCUGCUGUGGUUCCAGAGCAAUGAGCUGGUGGACUGGGCAGAUGAAGGCCACCACGGCAGCAUCUACCCAGCCUGAGCGCUCAGGUUGCCUCCGCCCCGCAAGCAUCCACCCAGGACCAGCUACCUCUGUCGACACGCCCACACUCCGCCCACCUGUGCCAGACCACCUCCCAGUCCAUCUUCUGCCCCACCCCAGCCCAGAGGGAUUGAGCUCACAACUUUAUGUGCCUUUCAGUAUUGCAAACCAGCAAGAGAUUGGAGGAAAUUCUUUCUGUAGUGAAGUGCCAGGCAGCCUUUGGGGUGCCUCCAAAAGUGGGUAGUGUGAUCUCUCCUCCAAAGGGAGAGUGCAUUAAAACAUUGCUGUGCAUGGGA